AUGGACAUCAUUCAAAUCCAUGAAUUGGAAACAAUCUAUAUACCAAGCUCUUUUUCCACUCUCACGCAGUCACACACAGCAACUGUCGUUCGGUUCAUAAAUCUCCAAUUGAGUACCACAGCGAACAGGAGUAUCAAUUAUUUUGCCGGUUUUCCUCUGGUGGCUUGGGCCAGUUCAAAAGCACUAGGAUGUGGCUACAAGAACUGUCUCAGCAAUCCCAGUUUCCUUUAUGGUAAUGCGAUAGUGUGCAAUUACGGCCCAGCAGGAAAUUAUAACGGUCAGCGUCCUUAUGAAAAAGAACAACAUCGUCAAUGCCCACCUGAAGGACAAACAACAACAACAACAACAGCAACCCCGACAUCGGGAGCAGAAACAACAGAUAACAAUACAACCAACAAGGGCAACUAA